CCAACCAACCUCCUUAUUUCUGAAUUCAGGCAGUCGGUAGUGGCGUGUACGGUCGGGUCCGAUACCCCUUCUGUCCACGUUCUUGUGUUGCGCGUGUGAAUUAUUAUUAUUAUUAUUAUUCUUAUUACUAUUAUCAUUGCUUAUCAUCAAGGAUAUCAACCCAUGUUUGCCACAGGAAUUUGAGGGUUUCACCCCACCAAACAAGAUAUAAAUUUAUUAUCUUUACAUCAUCAUCAACACAAAGACGAACAUACAACACUUAUUGAUCUAUCUUUAACCUAAAGUUGCAAUCUUUUUGCAUCUUUGAUCAAUCUUUAACCUCAAGUUGCAAUCUUUUUGCAUAUUUGAUCAAUCUUUAACCUAAAGUUGCAAUCUUUUUGCAUCUUUUAUCAAUCUUUAACCUAAAGUUGCAAUCUUUUUGCGUCUUUGAUCAAUCUUUAGCCUGAAGUUGCAAUCUUUUUGCAUAUUUGAUCAAUCUUGAACCUGAAGUUGCAACCUUUUUGCAUCUUUGAUCAAUUUCUUUACAUCUUGUACCCAGAUCAUGAAAUUGUGAUAUUUGAUGGGUUGUUGAAGUGGGUCUGAUUCUUUAUACAAACUUGUGAAAAAGGUUGAAACUUGAUUGGGGGUGGUAUCUUUUUAGGGAGAUUAGAUGAAAAAAUUUUGUAGAAAAAAGUGAUUUUGUUUGUAUGGUGUGUUUGGGCUAUUUGAUUUGAUUGAAGAUGAUCAUAUGAAGUGGUUUUGUAUGUGUUCUUGCAAUUGGUGAAGCAACCGUAAAGCGAUCGGUUUGAUAGAAUUGUGGUUUAAGUGGUCUUACAAUAUUGGAUUUGAGUUGGGGAUUUUUAAAGAUUUUGUGGUAAAAAGAUGCAGAGAGUUCGGGUUUCGUCACAGCAAGCAGCAGUACAGAGGUUAGGGGAUUCACAAAUGACGUUAUCGCCUAAAUUUAAGUUUGCUGCAGUUCAAUCGCGUUUACUGGAUCCGUUUGUGGAAACCGAAUUGAGUCUUAGAGGGGAUCCACUAAUACCCGGUCUUCCUGACGAUAUUGCCUUAAGUUGUCUUUUACGGUUGCCAGUCUCGAGUCAUGUGGCUGGUAAAACCGUUUGCAAGCGUUGGUAUCAACUGUUUGGAAACAAAGAACGGUUCUUUACGCGAAGAAAAGAAAUGGGUUUUCAAGAUCCAUGGUUAUAUAUAUUCGCCUUUCAUAAAUGUACAGGAAAGAUUCAAUGGCACGUUCUUGAUCUUACUCAUUUCUCAUGGCACGCGAUUCCACAAAUGCCUUGUAUCGAUAAGGUUUGUCCACACGGGUUUAGGUGUGUUUCGUUCCCGUUUGAGGGAUCGCUUUUUGUGUGUGGAGGUGUGGUUUUCGACGCUGAUUGCCCUUUGAAUUUAGUCAUGAAAUUCAACGUUCAAAAGAAUUGUUGGACCGUGAUGAAGAAAAUGAUCACAGCAAGGUCGUUUUUCGCAAGCGGGGUCAUAAACGGAAAGAUUUACGUAGCGGGUGGCAACAGCACGGAUCUUUAUGAGCUUAAUUCCGCUGAGGUUAUGGACCCGAAAAAAGGGAUUUGGCACUCCAUUGCAAAUAUGCACACAAAUAUGGCCUCUUAUGAUGCAGCGGUUCUUGAUGGGAAGCUUCUUGUGACCGAAGGGUGGUUUUGGCCGUUUUAUGUGGUUCCAAGGGGUCAAAUUUACGAUCCGAAAACCGAUCAUUGGGAAAACAUGCCUGAUGGGCUUAGAGAAGGAUGGACGGGUUCGAGUGCAGUGAUUUACGGUCACUUAUUCGUGGUAACCGAGCACGAGAGGACUAAACUUAAGGUGUACGACACAAAUAAUGAUUCUUGGAGAACUGUUGACGGGCCUCCGUUACCUGAGCAAAUCUGCAAGCCCUUUUCGGUAAAUUGUAAUAACAGUAAGAUUUAUGUUGUGGGAAGAAACCUUCAUGUUGCUGUUGGUUGUAUUUUGAGAUUGAAUACUGAGAAUAACCCAUGCUUUUCGGUUCAUUGGCAAGUAGUUGAAGCACCCCAAGCGUUUUCUGAUCUGGCACCUUCGAGUACACAGGUUCUCUUCGCGUAAUGGUAUGUUUUUAAUGUUGCUUCGGUUUUGUAUGUUUUGGUUGGUGUUUAUGUGAUUAUAUUGUGUCUUUUGUUUAUAUAAUGUUGUAUGAUGUCUCUUGAAUGAUAUGAUAUGUUAAUGAUGCUUGGAUUAAGUUAAUUUUAAAUAAAAAAAAGAAGAAGUUUAGCUUGAA